UUUUUUUUUCUUUUCUCCAGAAUUAAUGGUCCAAAGUUAAUUGCCCGGAAUUACUUCCUAACCGCCUCACGGAACGAGCAAACCGCUGUAAAAUCACCGUCGAAACGAAGAAAGGAAGAAAGGUUCGGGAUUGCACGAUUGACGAUUGCGAAGGACGAUUUGGAAAUCGAGUUCAGGUUAGAAAAGAAGAAGAAGAAGAAGAAGUUGCGUUCUCUUUGAAGUCGAAUUAUAAAUAUUACACGGUGCGUCUGAUAGUUUCGAAUUUCAAGCGAGAAAAUCGAAGAAAAUUCUCCCGUCUAACGAGAGGAGAAGAUUGGGAAGAUCGUUUAAUCGCGCGUCUCGUUUAUUUAUGCCGUUGUCAAUUUAACUGAGAAACUUUCCCACCCGCGCGACUCGAAACUUUCUUCUCACGUGUAUCUCCUCCUCUUCGAGAGGAGCAGAUCCCUUAAGAGGCGGCAAAACGUGCAUUAUUCCAACAUUUCCAAUUCCUCCAACUUUUCUUCCACCCUCUCUCACCUCCCUUUAAAAAAAAAACCAACAAUUCUCUAGCUGAAAAGUCUAGUCGAAGCUUCGGUCUCGAGAGUUUAGAACGCAAGAGUCGCACGCGAGGGAGAAGAGGAAAGGACGAAAUCGUGUCCCUUGGAUCGAUCGAUCGAUCGAAUUUUCCCGUUCGAGCGAGCAGAGAGAAGAGUCGAGCAGCCGGUGUGCGAUCUGGUGGGGAGACACGCGAGAGAGUUUUACGUACCGAAAUGAAACUACUCGGCGGAGAAAGUGAGAGCCGACGUAGCGGACGGGCUGGGUAACGACGAGCAGGCGACCGGGGCCCCUCGAGACGAGAGGAUAGACAUGGUGCAGGCCCUCCAUCGUGUGGAUCUUCCUUCCUCCUCGGAGAGAUCCUCGGUUAGAUCGUGAUCAAUCGUGGAAAAAAGUGGAGAGAAACAAAAGUGGGAGGAAAACGAGCGUUGAAAAAGUGAAUCGAAUUCGUCCAAUUUUUACUCAGAUUUUUUAAUCGUGUUUGUUUUUGUUUCCCCCCCUUCCCCGAACGAACUCGAAAAGUUCGACUUUUGUCGUUGGAAAAAGUAAAGGAGGAAAAGAAAAAAGAAGAAAGAAAGAAAGAAACAAGAAGUAAGAAAGUGUGAAGAUGUAGAUAACGGUGUGAAGAAGCAUGAAGCCGAUAUUCUUGGGUGACCAAUGUGGUGGAAUGUCGGAAGGGUACAGGUCUUAGGUCGAUUCUGUAUAGGCAAUAAUCGCGAUAAAUAGAUGAAGGGUGUCGCGAUAUAUCAGUGAGAAGGAUUGUGUUAUGGUGGUGAGGACCGUUCAGGAUAGACGUGGAAGAAAAAGAGGAGGAAGAAGAAGAAGAAGAAGAAGAGAGGGUGGAGAAGGUGGAGCGGGUUUCUUUUGAGGAACCGCUUCUUGGAAGAGAGAGAGAGGGAGAGAAAAGGGAGAAGAAGGAAGAAAGGAGGAAGAGCGAAGAAGACGGAGGAUUGGAGGAACGAGAUCGGGCUUGAUUUGACAGAUUGCCAAAUGAUGGAUGCGGUCAGAUCGUGCCAAUGGAUACUAAUAGGAGUACUCCUCGUCAUCUCGUCGAAUCGUGCCAGUAUUCGUGCCGGAUCGAUAUCGGGAUCGAGCCUGGGCAAAUCGAAGACGAUCUUCGAUCCCGGCUACAUGGAGGGACGUAGCAACGACGGGAAUCGAACCGAGUUAACCCUUAGUUCGCCUCGUAGACGCCGAUACGUCCGGUUUCCAACCGGCCCAGCCGGUUAUCUGUUCGAGGGUGGCGGUCCCCCGAUAGGGAGGAACAUAGGUUUGCACCCCGGAGUACGUUUCCCGUCGUGGAGGCAGCACAAAUCGGUCUGGAGGAGUCCCAUCUCGGAGUACAACAGGCCUGUGAUGGGCCAUCGCACGCCACGCUUGAUAUUCCGCGACAAUGACUUUCCACCCCCGGUGGGCGGCAGUGCACCCUCCUCGUUCUUUCAACAGUCCAACCACUUGCCGGAUUUCGAGGAUGACGCGAGAGAUCAUCGAAAGCAAACGCUCGACGAUUAUCCUAGGUUAGAGUCAGAGCCGCGUCAACAAAAAAGACCGCUGUGGAAGGGUGACGAUACGUUGUGCGGUGACGGACGAAGCUGCGAAUUUUUUCUAAUGUGCUGGAUGUCCGCUGGCCUUUUGGACGGCAGUUGCGGCGGCAUCAUGUUCGCUUGUUGUCAGAGGAGAGAGCCGAAAGGCAGCUCCUCCGACUAUAACCUGAUUGAGGCACCUAGAGAUCAGUCUCAGCCGCUUUCGUUGGAUACUUACACGGAGACAGUCAACGACGAUCGCUGCGGAAUACCUGCCUCGAAGCAGACCGCGCAGAGAAGGAUCGUGGGAGGUGACGACGCCGGGUUCGGCAGUUUUCCAUGGCAGGCGUACAUACGAAUCGGAUCGAGCCGAUGCGGAGGCACCCUCGUUAAUCGAUUCCACGUCGUGACCGCUGGCCACUGCGUAGCCAAGGCGUCUGCGCGUCAAGUCCAGGUGACCCUCGGCGAUUACGUCGUCAACUCGGCGAGCGAGACGCUGCCCGCUUACACGUUCGGGGUCAGGGAGAUACGCGUUCAUCCUUACUUCAAGUUCACGCCUCAGGCUGACAGAUUCGACGUGGCCGUUCUCAGAUUGGAUCGACCGGUACAUUACAUGCCUCACAUAGCGCCGAUUUGUUUGCCCGAGAAGAACGAGGAUUUUUUGGGCCAGUAUGGUUGGGCCGCUGGAUGGGGCGCUUUGCAGGCUGGAUCGAGGCUACGGCCCAAGACCCUUCAAGCUGUGGACGUGCCCGUGAUAGAUAAUCGUAUAUGCGAGAGGUGGCACCGAUCCAAUGGGAUCAACGUGGUGAUUUACGACGAGAUGAUGUGCGCCGGUUACCGCGGAGGUGGGAAGGACUCGUGCCAAGGCGACAGCGGUGGGCCACUGAUGCUGGAGAAGACGGGGCGAUGGUACUUGAUCGGCAUCGUCUCGGCGGGUUACUCGUGCGCGCAGCCGGGCCAGCCAGGAAUCUACCAUCGCGUUGCGAAAACGGUCGACUGGAUAACGUACGUCAUCAACUCGUAGCGGAAGGAAAAAACGGGAUGAUCGAAAGGGAUAGAGAAUCGUUCUCUCUGUAAAAGCUUUGCAUGAAACAAAGUUUACAACGUUACCACCGAGGAUCAUACAGGAAUGUGUAACCGAGAAACUUGGAUUCGACUCCCGCGCUCGAGAAACAACUGUGACGUCUUGCGAACAGAUUGCGAUUGUUAAAAGUCAGGGACAGAAGUUGGUCCAAGUUUUCGAAGUUUGGAAAGACUCGUUUGUUCUGUCGUGCGAUCCGUUUCCAACGUAUAACUCUUUUUCGAAACGAACGAAACGAAAGGCGAUGCCGUGUACGACACUCUUACAUCGAUUUAAUCGAGUCCUUUGCGGUAAGAAUAUCUCUUAUCUUUCGGCAAACGUAACGGCGAUGUGAAAUUAUAUCAUGUUUGUAAAUUGAGCGCGCGUGAAUUCGCGCUUAAUAAAACGUUUCGUUUUUAUUUUA